CACAUUACCAACAUAUAUGGCUUCCCAUGUGAGUUUUCUCUGUACUCUCACGGCCAUCAUCUUCUUGGCUUCCUCCAUGAAUGGUUCAGUCGAAGCUUCAACGCAAUUCAAAGUUGGUGACGCCUUCGGCUGGCAACAACCUCCCCCUAACAACUCAGCAUUUUACACCCAGUGGGCUUCGAUGAUCCGUUUUCAUGUUUCAGAUUCUCUGGUUUUUGAGUACAAGAAUGACUCAGUGGUGAGUGUGGACAAAUGGGAUUACUAUCACUGUGACGCGAGUGAUCCAAUCACUAUGUUCAACAAUGGGAAUAGCAGUAUCAAUCUGGACCAGCCUGGUUCCUUCUACUUCAUUAGUGGGCUGUAUGAUCAUUGCAGCAACGGCCAGAAACUGAUGGUCCAAGUCAUAUCUCCCAUGUCUGUUUCUGCUCCAUCACCUUCUCAUCGUCGUCAUAACUCAGGGACUUCACUCUCAUUGCACGUUCUCACCCCUUGUUUUAACUUCAUGAUGUUGAUUGCUUUAGGCGUCUCUUCUGUCUAG